AUGACUCAUGGAGAUAUUAUGGCAAACAGUUUCAUAUUCUGUGCCGAACACGGUCAAGAGGUCUGCCAUCGUUGUUGUGUCGAUCACAGAUUAUGUGAUACCGUCUCGAUCGAGAAAGAACUAGCGGCGCUUUUGGAAGCUACGGGUGAUGAACCAGAUAUUGAUGCAGAUGAUAGACCAUCGUUUAAUCUUUUCGCAUACACUCUUUUUCCUUUGGGUGACCCUUGGGAUCCAGAUGAUGAUAUUCCUUGUUGUGAACAUACUGAAGCUGAUUGUAAGAUCUGCUUCGACUGGGUCAAGAUUGUGGGAAAUGACAUUUAG